GUAUUGAGCAUUGUUGGUGUAAGCUGCUAUUAAGCAAUAAUGAUGAGUGUUUGAUUAAGGUAUUGAUGCCCCCCGUGUUCGGGUUGAUUUUUGGAUUAACUUGAGAUAAAACUGGAUAAGAACGAAGGGUAUCUCUACGCGACUCAAAACAGUUUUCAUAGCAACCCAUUCGAGAUAAAGUUUGUUCCCAUCUGAGGACAGUUUCGAGGUAUUUUUCAUAGAUUCAACCGAGUGGAAAUGAGAGAAAUAGUUCAUAUUCAAGCUGGACAAUGUGGAAACCAAAUGGGGGCAAAGUUUUGGGAGGUGAUUUCAGAUGAACAUGGUGUUGAUCCAACUGGAACGUAUCACGGAGAUUCUGAUUUGCAAUUAGAACGGAUUAAUGUUUAUUACAACGAAGUAACUGGAGGUCGCUAUGUUCCUCGCGCAGUUCUUGUUGAUCUGGAGCCUGGCACAAUGGAUUCAGUUCGCUCCGGACCAUUUGGACAGAUUUUUCGUCCUGAUAACUUUGUAUUUGGUCAAAGUGGGGCGGGAAACAACUGGGCAAAAGGCCACUAUACCGAGGGCGCCGAAAUUGUGGAUUCUGUUUUGGACGUAAUGAGGAAGGAGGCUGAAGGAUGUGAUUGUGUUCAAGGCUUCCAACUUCUGCACUCGCUUGGAGGUGGUACGGGAUCUGGCCUCGGAACAUUGAUCAUCACUAAAAUCCGGGAGGAAUAUCCCGACCGGAUGAUGAGCACCUAUAGUGUGGUCCCGUCACCAAAAGUCUCCGAUACUGUGGUAGAACCGUACAAUGCGACACUCUCAGUUCAUCAGCUUGUGGAGAAUACGGAUGAGUCGUUUUGUUUUGAUAACGAGGCUCUCUAUGAUAUAUGCUUUAGAACGCUCAAGCUGACCACUCCUACCUACGGAGAUCUUAAUCACCUCGUGUCAGCCACAAUGAGUGGAGUAACAACUUGCCUACGAUUUCCAGGACAGUUAAACUCCGACCUUCGUAAACUGGCGGUGAACAUGGUACCAUUCCCUCGUCUUCAUUUCUUCAUGCCAGGUUUUGCACCUCUAACAAGCCGUGGUUCCCAGCAAUAUCGUGCGCUGACUGUGCCAGAACUGACUCAGCAAGUUUUCGACGCCAAGAACAUGAUGGCGGCGUGUGAUCCACGUCAUGGCCGUUACCUCACCUCCGCUGUCAUGUUCCGUGGGCGCAUGUCCACGAAGGAAGUCGAUGAACAAAUGCUGAAUGUGCAAAAUAAAAACAGUUCAUAUUUUGUUGAAUGGAUUCCGAACAAUAUAAAGACCGCUGUGUGCGAUAUACCGCCUCGUGGGCUCAAGAUGUCGGCCACGUUUAUUGGUAACAAUACAUCCAUUCAAGAGUUGUUCAAGCGAGUGAGUGAGCAAUUCACUGCCAUGUUCCGUCGUAAAGCUUUCCUACAUUGGUACACGGGGGAGGGCAUGGACGAAAUGGAAUUUACAGAGGCAGAGUCAAAUAUGAAUGACCUGGUGUCUGAAUAUCAACAAUACCAGGAUGCAACAGUGGACGAAGUUGGAGAGUUUGACGAGGAGGAAGAAGGCGAGGAGGCUUGAUGACGUAACGACGAACACUCAUGUAGGAAACUUUUUACCCGAAAUUAUCCUUAUUUUGUUUUUAUUUCUUUCUCACAUCACUUAUGUUUAUCGUAGUAUCUCUUCUGUCUUGUGUCUCGCAAAGGGUAUUCUUAUUCUUACCCUAAAUGAUGAUUCUGUAUAAUGAGAUUGAUUAUAAGCAUUUUAA